AAGGAUGGCGCUGCCAUGUUUUUCGACAAGGCCAAUCGUAAUGGCGAGUUUAUUCUUGUAUUAGUUGUGCACUUGUCAGUUUGUCGCUUUGUCAAAGAGUAGUGUAAUAUAAGCAAUUUGUGUAAAUUGGUUCAUAUUGUUUUUGUUUAGUAUGGCCGGGAGUGACGAUAGCAAGCCUAAUGGAAUGGAUGGAGACAAAGUUGAUGAAAAUAAUGCAUCAACACAAAAUGAAGAAAAUAUACGUGAAGAAUAUGAUCAAUUAGAUGUGAAAUUGGAUGAGCUGAACCAAGCUUUGGAUUUCUUAGAACAGAAAAAUGAUGAUAUCCACCAGCGAUUAAGGGAGUUGUUGCAAUCUAACAGAGAAAUAAGAAAAGAAAUGCAAAAUGGAAAACAAGAGAGUCAAUGAGAUUUGACUAGUUUUAUUGUUAACAAUAUUAAUUUGUUGAUGGUAUUAUUAAUUUAUUAGUGUCUUUUAAUUACAAGGAAUGGCAAGUUUUUCAUGACAUUCUAAACUGUUUUUUUUACCUGAAUAUUUGCAUUCUUUAAAUACAAUGUGAUAUUUUACUAUGUUUUAGAACAAUGAGGAGGUACAUUUUUUCUUUAAGUCUUUUGUACUCUUAACUUACAGCUGAGGAAUGUCUAGCGCUUAAGAAGAACUCCUUUAGAUUGUCAACAAAUAUAAUUUAGAUCAGAAAUAAAUAUAUUAUUCAUUAAAAUGUUUAUUCUAUUCCUUUAUAUAAUUAAAAUGAAAAACUAACAACAUAUUUUUACACACAUUUUGUAUACUGCUACUACAACAAAUGAUAAACUUUAAUG